GUCCGCGACCCUCCGCUGGUGGGCAGUGAUAGGAACGAUCCUCCCACGAGGUGCUGGAAGGGCCCGUUCGUUGCGUUCUGGGACCUCAUGAGCAGCUCUGCUGGGGUGGCGGUGAUGCUUCAGUUCACGUAUACGCCAAUGGAUGGAUGCAAGGAUCUAAUGAGCAGCUCCAGCAACGCUUCUCUUCUAGAUAAUGGAAGGAGUACAGCAAGGCAAACUCGCGCUAUGCCACUCAAGACGGCUGUGUGCUCUCCGUUGAGGUGGUCACUGUCGUCAUCGAAAGGCCCUCCUGCUUCCACAUCGU